UCACCUUCCCCAAGUACCCAAAAAAAAUCUAUCAACACAACAGAAGCACAAGUAGUUCAAAUGACACAACUAUAAAAAAAAAAAAAAAAAAACCAGAAACUUCCAAGCUGUUUGAGGCUUUCAAGAAUGGCUACCAUGACUUCAAUUCCCCUACCCUCAUCUUCAUCCUCUUUACAUCUUAAUACUUACUCCUCACUGCCAACACUUUUCCCAAAACACACUUGUGAUCAUAGUCCCUGCUGCUUCAGAUCCUCGAGGCUAAGAUUGGCAUCAAAGACUGUUCCAAGGGGCCUGAGAAUCCGAAAUGCAGCCACUAAGCCUGCAAAAUCACCAGCUGAAGAAGACUGGAAGAUUAAGAGGGAAUAUCUGCUACAGAAAAAGGUAAGGAGUGUGGAUGUAAAGGAAGCUCUGCGCCUUCAGAAAGAAAACAACUUUGUGAUUCUUGACGUAAGGCCAGAAGCAGACUUCAAAGAGGCUCAUCCACCAGGUGCUAUCAAUGUGCAAAUAUAUAGGCUUAUUAAGGAGUGGACAGCAUGGGAUAUUGCCAGACGUGCUGCAUUUGCAUUUUUUGGCAUCUUCUCUGGUACAGAAGAGAAUCCAGAAUUCAUACAGAGUGUGGAGUCAAAACUUGAUAAAAAUGCAAAGAUAAUUGUAGCCUGCUCUUCUGGGGGUACAAUGAAACCAUCCCAAAAUCUUCCUGAAGGUCAACAAUCCAGGUCACUGAUAGCUGCCUACUUGCUUGUCCUCAACGGUUAUGCCAAUGUCUUCUACUUAGAAGGGGGCCUUUACAAAUGGUUCAAAGAGGAACUGCCAUCAGUUUCAGAAGAGUGAAGAAUCAGAUGGUGCUUCCAGAGUUGCUCAAGUUUUGUCCCAAACGAGACUGUCAAUGAACUCUCCUCGUGUAUCAAACCUCUUGUUGGCUUCCUGUAAAUUUGCAGAACACCUUUUAAGCUAGUAAGGCUAAGGCUGAUUUUCAUUUUUCUUGAGCAGUAGAUGUUGAGAUGUUAUGAAGAAAAUUGGUGGUGAUACAAAUAGCAUCACCAAGACAAUCAAUAAUAAAGUGCAGAUGAUUUCCUA